AUGGCCGGCCACUUUCCUCAAGCCAGUGGAAACACGUUUCCCGAAACCCAGUACUUCACGGGGUUCAUGGAGCCUUGCCGAUUCGAGGGUGAAGUAUAUGACUUGGAGGUCAUUGGAGAGAUCCCCAAAGAGAUCAACGGCACCUUCUACCGCAACAUGCCGGAUCCUCAGGUGGCACCCUUUGCCAGAGAUGACGUUUGGUUCAACGGCGAUGGCAACAUUAGUGCUUUUCGAAUCAAGGAUGGCCGUGUCGACUUUAAGCAGCGGUACGUGCUCACAGAAAAGUUUGAGAGGGACUUACAAUGGACAGGAAAGUAUCGAAACCCGUACACAGACGCCGAGCCUUUCAAGAUUCGGUCAACGACAAACACUAACAUUAUCUACUUCAAUGGAAAGUUGCUGGCGUGCAAAGAAGACUCGCCUCCUUACUCCAUGGACCCGGAGACACUGGAGACACUAGGAGUCGAGACGUUCAACGGCCAGCUCAAGAGUGAGACGUUUACUGCGCAUCCCAAGAUCGACGCAGUCAGCGGAGAGCUGAUCGGUUUUGGUUAUGAGGCUAAAGGCCUUGCCACCACUGACAUCUGCUGCUUCUCCAUCAGAUCGGACGGAGUCAUGACGGAGGAGCUCUGGUUCAAGCAACCCCAGGUCGUUCUUCCGUUGAUUCCUCACAUCUGUGACAUGGAGCAGCUAAAGAACGGAGGGGAACAUUGGUACUGGGAUCCAAACAUGCCCAUCUAUUUCAUCGUGUUGCCCAGACGGGGCGGAAAGCCCGAGGAUGUCAAAUAUUUCCAUGCACCGAACGCUUUCCCAGGCCAUAUUGCGAACGCUUACGAAGACUCGAACGGUAAUCUUUUGGUGGACCUAAGCAUUCCCAGCGAAAAUGCCUUUGACUUCUUCCCUGAAAAGGAUGGCACCAAGCCAGACAUGACCAAGCUCCAAGCGCCGCUCAAGCGGUUCACAAUUAAUCCCCAUUCUGACGUAGCCGAGCUUCCACCAGCAAAGAUCUUACUAGACAUCAGCAACGAGCUCAGCAGGAUUGAUGAUCGUUUUGCCACAAGACGGUAUCGCCACGUCUUCAACAUUCUUAUGGAUCCGAGUCUGCAGACCGACUAUCCCGCCGUCAUGAAGGCAAACCCCGGUGCCUUCUUCAACGGCAUAGGACAUUUGGACUUGGAGACGGGCAAGCUGGAGAAGUGGUCUGCCGGCCCACGCGCUGGAUUCCAAGAGCCUGCAUUCAUCCCUCGCUCAAAGGGUGCCCCUGAGGGUGACGGAUUCCUGAUUGUAUUGGUGAACGAUUAUGAAGCGAUGAGGAGCAAGCUUGUCAUCAUCGAUGUCAACAUGUUCCAGGAGCCGGUCGCAACCGUCAAGCUUCCUUUGCGGCUGCGCCCUGGACUUCACGGUAACUGGGUGGAUGCUGCAGACCUCGAGAAGUAA